AUGAUCGAAGAUAAAAAAGUUGAUCGUAAAUGCAAGAGAUUUACAGCAAGGUUGAAAUCAAAAGGUAUCGGUUGUUCAAAUGUGCCUGGACCUAAUCUUGUUCUUUGCAAUGUUGGCCAAGCUACUGGUUUAGUAAAGGAUGACAUUUUAAAUCUUUUGAAUUACCUAACUGGAAUAAAACUAAAGAAGUUCAUAGCAGAGAAAGGUGAAUCAUAUUCCUUCUUGGUAUUUGAUACUAAAGAAAGUGCUUCAGUGUUUUUCAAUGAAUACAAUGGAAAAAACUGUUUUAGUAAUGGAACCUUUUUGUAUAUGUGCUAUGUUGAUAGUGUACCAGACACAGAGAUUUUGUGCCCGCAUAGUAAUCCUGAAGGACUGCUUUUGAUAGAAGAUUUUAUAAAUAUAGAUGAAGAGAAAGCAUUUAUAGAUCUUUUCAAUUGGAAGGACAACAAUCCAAGCUUGAAGAACCGACAAGUCAAACAUUUUGGUUAUGAAUUCCGGUAUGGUACUAAUGAUGUUGAUCUUAAUUGUCCAUUGUCUGAGAAGAUUCCAAAGGAAUGUGACAUUUUGUGGACCAGAUUAAAAAGUUAUGGAAUUGAUUUAGAUCCUCCUGACCAACUGACUGUGAACAAGUAUAUGCCUGGGCAAGGUAUACCGUCACAUGUGGAUAGGCAUAGUCCCUUUGGGCCCACAAUACUUUCGCUGUCACUAGGUUCCUCUGUAGUAAUGGAUUGGAAACAUCUCAGUGGGAAAAAUGUACCCAUUAUCAUACCCACGAGGUCGAUGCUUGUCAUGCAGGGAGAAGCAAGAUACGAUUGGCAACAUGGCAUACAACCUCGGACCUGGGACCCCAUCAUCGAAUACACGUCACAGGGUAACCAGCGUGUCAAAGUGAUAACAAGCGACACUACGAACAGAAACACAAGGAUAUCCCUUACGUUUCGAUGGACAAGAAGUGGGAAAUGUGAUUGCCCGUAUAAGACGCUGUGCGAUGCUUCGGACUCGACCGAGGAGUUUGACGAUUCUGUGGCAUCCAAUCUGGAAGAGUUACAUGUUCAUCAGGUGUACGAGCGUAUCGCACAGCACUUCAGCAGCACUCGGCACUCCGCCUGGCCGCGCGUGCUGCAGUUCCUACGCGCGGUACCGAGUGGUGCUGUGCUGCUGGACCUUGGAGCUGGGAACGGCAAGAACCUGCUGCACCGCACCGACAUUCUCCAGAUUGCAGGUGAACGCAGCAGUGGGCUGCUGAACGAGUGCAAGAGCUACGUUAGUGAAGUGGGCACCGUGGACUGUGUGAGGCUGGACCUGCUGCAAGCCGGACUGAGAGACAGCUGCGCGGACUUCAUCAUUUGCAUUGCGGUCAUACACCAUUUCAGCACCCAGUCUAGAAGAGCACAAGCAGUGGCCACAAUUGCGCGGUUACUGAGACCGGGCGGCCGAGCCCUCAUCACAGUGUGGGCCAAGGACCAGACCAGGUCCAACUAUCUCUGCAGAGAGAAAGAUAAAGAAGUUCACAGCAACAGUACAGUCGAGGUGGCCGGACUGACACUACCGGUCCACGAGAACAGAACCCAGUUCCAGCACAAGGACCUUCUCGUGCCCUGGAAACUGCGCGGCUUCAAGGAGAACAAACUGGCCGACAAGCCCGAGAGCACCUUACUUAGAUUCUAUCACGUUUUCGAAGAAGGCGAGCUGGAUGAGCUCUGUGAGCUGUCCAGUUUGCUGGUGGAAAGUAGUUUUUAUGAAGAGGGAAACUGGUGUGUUGUUUGUAAAAAAAUAUAA